GCCAGGUUUAUGCAGAGUGGGGGUUAGAGGGAGGCAAGUUCGGCGCCUACGACGACGUUCAAUUUAAAGAGGCACUUGCAGGAUCCCCAGAGUUCUCUAGUCUCAGUCCAGUCCCGGCCCAUGCUUGUCCAUUGUGUAUUUGUCAUAACUCCACUGGGUGAAAAUGCCGCAGGAGAGUUUACCGGUGAUACUGUCCCGCCUUGCCCACCCCUCUCGGACACGUAGGAGAAUACAGAGGACCUUUCUGCCCUGUUUCUUGGCUCGGCCAGUGAGGCUGAUGUCCAGGUGACCGCGUACGUGUGUCCGGGCCAGGCUUGGUGUGGAAGGCAGAGGAGUGUGCGUGUGAGCCGGUGUAAGGCCGGGCGGGUCCAUAUCCGGGUGGACUGGGUGGGUGGGGCCGCCCCUCCUGCCAGGUCGCGAGGUGGGUGGGGGGUGGGGAGUGACGCGCGGAGAUUCCCUUUCUCACCUUCCCAUCCGAGAGGGGGCGGCAGAAGGCGCGCAAGGGGUGACAGGGUGUGGAUUCCGGGCGUGCCCACCCUGCCGUUCGGCGCAGGGAGCGGCCUCGGGGACUGGAAAGCAGAGAAGGAGGAACCGGAGGAGGGCUCGCCGAGCCGGCCACCCGCUCCCAACUUGCCCGGGAAACUAGUGCGGAGGGAGGGGCCGGGGCCGGGGCCGCGGCGGGAGGAGGGGCGGCCGCAGCUGCAUCCAGCCCCGUUGGCUUCCUUCCCAGCUCUCCUUUGCCUCCUCCUCCUCUUCCUCCUGUAUGAGUCAGGCAUUUCCCGGGGAUUUGGAGCAGCCACGAGCGGCCCGGGCGUCCGCAGCUCUAGUCGCCGCCGCCGCCGCCGCCGCUGCUGCCGCGCCAAGAGCCCCAGUGCCGGGGCCGCCACUGCGGCGGGCACCCGCGUCCCGGGCGCGCACGGACCAUGGAGAGGGCAGCCCAGGGCGCAGACGGCGGCGGGGGCAGCAACAGCAGCAGCCGCAGCAGCAGUCGCGCCACCUCGGCGGGCUCCUCGCCGUCCUGCUCCCUGGCGGGCCGGGGGGUCUCCGGCCGGUCGGCAGCAGCGGGGCUCGGCGGCGGGGGCAGCCGCAGCAGCCCAGGCUCGGUGGCCGCUAGUCCGUGCGGGGGAGGCGGCCGGCGGAGGGAACCAGCGCUCGAGGGCGUGCUCAGCAAAUACACCAACCUCCUCCAGGGCUGGCAGAACAGGUACUUUGUGCUGGAUUUUGAGGCUGGCAUCCUGCAAUAUUUUGUGAACGAGCAGAGCAAGCACCAGAAGCCUCGGGGAGCCCUGUCUCUAUCUGGCGCCAUCGUGUCCCUGAGUGACGAAGCACCCCACAUGCUGGUUGUGUACUCUGCCAAUGGGGAGAUGUACAAACUGAGAGCUGCUGAUGCAAAGGAGAAACAAUUCUGGGUGACUCAGCUUCGGGCCUGUGCCAAGUACCACAUGGAGACGAAUUCUAAGACUACUCCAAGCUCCCGGAGCCGAAGUCUCACUUUGCUCCCCUAUGGAACUCCCAAUUCUGCGUCUCCCUGUAGCCAGAGGCACCUUGGCACAGGGGCCCCCAGUGUCGUCACAAUCACGCAUCACAAGUCACCUGCCGCCGCCCGAAGAGCCAAGAGUCAGUAUUCCGGCCAACUUCAUGAAGUCAGAGAGAUGAUGAGCCAGGUGGAAGGACAACAGAAGAACCUCGUGCAUGCCAUUGAGUCUCUGCCAGGUUCUGGCCCUCUCACCUCCUUGGACCAGGACCUGCUGCUCCUGAAAGCCACCUCGGCGGCCACCCUCAGCUGCCUCGGCGAGUGCCUCAGCCUGCUCCAGCAGAGUGUGCACCAUGCAGCCCAGCCCAGCCACAGGCCGGGGGCCUCAGAAAACAUCCUGGGAUGGCACGGGCCCAAGUCACACUCCACAGAGCAGCUGAAAAAUGGGACACUCAGCUCUUUGCCAUCAGCCAGUGCCAGCAUCACCUGGGCCAUUUUACCCAACUCAGCUGAGGACGAACAAACCUUCCCAUCAGAGCCAGAGCCAAACUCAGGCCCUGAACUGGUUUUGUCGGAAGAUGAGAAAAGUGACACGGAAGAUCAGGAGGAGACAGAGCUGGGCGUCAUGGAGGAUCAGCGCAGCGUAAUCCUUCAUCUCAUUUCUCAGCUCAAACUCGGAAUGGAUUUGACCAAGGUGGUGCUCCCCACGUUUAUUCUGGAGAAGCGGUCCCUGCUGGAGAUGUAUGCAGACUUCAUGGCACACCCGGACCUGCUGCUGGCUGUCACCGCCGGGGCUACGCCGCAGGACAGGGUCAUCUGCUUCGUGGAGUAUUACCUCACUGCCUUCCAUGAGGGCCGCAAGGGCGCUCUGGCCAAGAAGCCCUACAACCCCAUCAUUGGCGAGACGUUCCACUGCUCCUGGGAGGUCCCCAAGGACAGGGUCAAGCCCAAGAGGACUGCCCCCCACACCCCUGCUGGCCACGAACACCCGAUGGCCGAUGACCCUUCCAAAAACUACAAACUGCGGUUUGUGGCCGAGCAGGUGUCCCAUCACCCGCCAAUCUCCUGCUUCUACUGUGAGUGCAAGGAGAAGAGACUGUGUGUCAACACUCACGUAUGGACCAAAAGCAAGUUCAUGGGCAUGUCCGUGGGGGUCUCUAUGAUAGGGGAAGGUGUGCUGCGGCUCCUGGAGCACGGGGAGGAGUAUGUGUUCACCCUGCCCAGCGCCUACGCCCGUUCCAUCCUCACCAUCCCUUGGGUGGAGCUCGGAGGAAAAGUCAGCAUCAGCUGUGCCAAGACCGGGUACUCAGCCACCGUGAUAUUCCACACGAAGCCUUUCUACGGAGGGAAAGUCCACAGGGUCACAGCAGAAGUGAAGCACAAUCCCACCAACACUAUUGUGUGCAAAGCCCAUGGGGAGUGGAAUGGGACCCUGGAAUUCACCUACAACAACGGAGAGACCAAGGUCAUUGACACGACUGCACUGCCGGUGUACCCCAAGAAGAUCCGACCCCUGGAGAAGCAGGGCCCCAUGGAGUCGAGGAACCUCUGGCGGGAGGUGACCCAAUGCCUGCGGCUGGGGGACAUUGAUGCUGCCACUGAGCAGAAGCAGCGGCUGGAGGAGAAGCAGCGUGCGGAGGAGCGGAAGCGGGAGAACGUCCGAGCACCCUGGCGGCCCAAGUACUUCAUCCAGGAGGGUGACAGCUGGGUGUACUUCAAUCCCCUUUGGAAGGCACACUGAUGGGUGGAGAUGCAGAGCUUUCAGAAGUAGCCCUGUUUUUGUAGGAAUUAAAGUGGUACAGUAUCAAGGUCCUGCCGAUAUGCUCUGAGACCUCUUGGUGUCAUUCAAGACAUGGUACCUGAGAGAGGAGUUAUGUCCUGAGAAAAAUGUACCCCCAAACUCUGUGAUAGGAUUGAACUGAUUCAAGAGCCACCAGGGGCACAUGUGUGCACGCAGGCUUGUGUGCGGGCUCUCAGCACACUGUAUAUUCACACGCAUGCACUGGGUCUGCUGGGUCUUAUCACACCUGUACAUACUGCACUUACCAGUGUUGAAGUGGGGUGAUGAUUUUGAGCUCCUUUUUAUCAAUGAGGUUCAAAGUUUUCUAUUUUUCAGUUGGCCAAAAAUGUUUUUGCACUCUCAAAAUCUUCUGUCAUCAGCUCCUGUCCAGGCAAGAGGGAACUGGCCCACUUGAUGUCCAUAUGGUAGAAAGUGGCUCGUUCCUGGUAGAAGGGGGCUGUCAUUUCAGAAUUAUCAUUGAUUCCCAUUCCCCUGCCAACUCCAACAUUUGUUUGUGCUCCAGAAAGACAAACUGCCAUUUCCUGCUGGAGGGGGAGUAGACAGGGUUCAAGGUUAUGCCAGAGCCUUGCAGGAUGGAGCACCUCUGGAAGAGUCAGGUCUGCCUUGGAAUUUUCCUCCUGUCAUUGCCCCAGAGCCUGACCUGAAAAUUUCCCAUGUUCAAUGCUCAAGUCAUCCAUUUUGCAAAAGCUGCUUCUUUCAUGGUAGAAAACAAAUCAUAUGGAGACAUCACUACUUUUAUGAUGAAAAAAGGGCUUUAGAAACAAAAUACACGCACGCAUGCAUGCACCAACACGCACAACCAUAGCUUCAAUCUUGUACUUAGUUUGGGGAAAGGAAAAAGAAUUUCCUGUGGAUUUUUUUUUUAAAGUGCACCUCUCUUGUUUGACACAAACUCUGCAAGAAGACCACUGUGAUUAAAACAUACAUACAGCCUGCCUAAGUGUUCCACGGUUUCAGUUGAAUUUCAGUCUUCAGCCUUUACACAUGAGGUCAAGACAUGACCAGAAUAUAAAGCUAGGAGAAAAGGAAGUAUUUGAUCUUUGCUCAAUGCUUAAUUUAUUUUUUACUGUGCCAUUCUAACGAGAAUAUUUAUAAAAUCCAGUAGCAUGAAUGCUUCUCCGUAGUAAUACUAAUUUUGUGCCUUUGUCUGCUUUCUUAAGACCAAUUGUUCACACUUUGUAGAUAUUAGACAAAUAUAUUUCGAUUAAAUACUAUACUU